UUAAACAAAAAUAAUUUUCUAAAAAUUCCAAUGGAUUCUUAUAAAGAUCCUCUCAGCAAAGAGCAAAAAGAUGAAUUGCGUGCUAUUGCCCAGAAGAUUCUUCAGCCUGGGAAGGGAAUUUUGGCAGCGGAUGAAAGCACAGGUUCUAUUGGUAAACGUUUUGAGGGCAUUAGUGUUGAGAACAACGAGGAAAAUCGUCGCAAAUAUCGUCAACUUCUCUUUUCUACUCCAAAUUUUGGACAGAACAUUAGUGGAGUAAUUCUCUUUGAUGAAACCUUCAGACAGAAAGCAGAUAGUGGAGAACGUUUUGUCGAUCUGAUUAAAAAGAAUGGAGCAGUUGCUGGCAUUAAAGUGGAUACUGGAGUUGUUAAGUUGGCUGGAACUCUUGAUGAGGGAACAACUCAAGGUUUGGACAAUCUUUCUCAACGUUGUGCUGAAUACAAAAAGGGCGGUUGUGACUUUGCAAAGUGGCGUUGUGUCAUCAACAUUGGCCCUCACAAACCUUCUCAUUUGGCUCUUUUGGAGAAUGCUAAUGUCCUUGCACGUUAUGCAAGUAUUUGUCAGCAGAAUGGGCUCGUUCCUAUUGUCGAGCCAGAAGUUUUGUGUGAUGGUGAUCAUGAUAUUGACCGAUGUGCUAAGGUUACUGAAAUGACUCUUGCUUAUACCUACAAAGCUUUGGCUGAUCAUCACAUCUAUCUUGAAGGGACCUUGCUUAAACCCAACAUGGUGACUCCGGGCCAGUCGAAUCCUAAAAAGGCUACUCCAGAGGAAAUUGGUUUGGCUACCGUUACUGCUCUUCGACGUGGAGUUCCGAUUGCUGUUCCUGGAGUCGUUUUCUUGUCUGGAGGUCAAUCAGAGAUUGAAGCCACUCAAAAUUUGAAUGCAAUCAACAGUGUGCCGGGCCCUCGUCCGUGGACUUUGACCUUCUCUUAUGGUCGUGCUUUGCAAUCUUCUGUUUUGAAGAGUUGGAAGGGAUCUGAUGCUAAUAUUGCUGAGGCGCAGAAGGUGUUGCUUCAUCGUGCAAAGGCUAACGGAGACGCUCAACUGGGCAAAUAUUCUGGUGAAGAAGGAGCUGCUUCCGCUGCUGAGUCUCUGUUUGUGGCUAAACACGCCUAUUAA